AUGGCACCCGGCCGCCCCGAGGCGCAGGACCACCCGCCUGAGAACGGCUUCACUCCGCUGGAGCACCCGGUGCCCCGGCUGCUGCCGCACAUCGACGGCUCGGUCCUGCCGUCUCUGGGGGGCUUUGGGAAGCACCAGAAGCAGCUCGUGGUCCUGACCUGGAUACCGGCAUUGUUCAUCGGCUUUAGCCAGUUUUCGGAUUAUUUCCUUCUGGCGCAACCCAAUGGCACGUGUUUGCAGCCCCUCGCCAACGAGAGCAACUGGACCGUAGCGUCCCCGCCGGUCACCGGGGGAGCACCGGCGCUGCUGCCCAGAGGCAACGGCACCGGGGACGGCUAUGGGGAGGGACAGGGGGACGAUAUGUGCGCCUGUAAGGAGUGGAGGCUGGAGCUGGAGACGGGACUCAGUCAGAAUGUGGUCACCAAGUGGAACCUGGUUUGUGACUCGGCCUGGAAGGUGCACAUCGCCAAGUUCUCUCUGCUGGUGGGCUCCAUAUUUGGCUAUCUAGUGAUGGGUGUCAUGGCUGACUGGUUUGGUCGACACCCGGUGUUGAUCCUCUCGGUGCUUUUCAUGCUGGUGUUUGGUCUGAGUGUUGCCUUCUCUGUGAACGUCACCAUGUUCAGCACCUUGCGCUUCUUUGAGGGUUUCUGCUUGGCGGGCCUCGCUCUCUCCCUCUACGUGCUCAGGAUCGAGCUCUGUUUGCCAGGUUGGCGGUUCUCCAUGACGAUGGUGGCCAGUUUUCUGAUGGUGGGCGGGCAGCUACUGAUGCCAGGGGUGGCCGCUCUGUGCCGCAGUUGGCCGGGUCGGGAUGACUGGCAGGUGCUGCAGAUAGUCAUCAUCAGCCCUUUCGUUCUGAUGCUGCCCUACGUCUGGAUUUUUCCAGAGUCAUUGCGCUGGUUGCUGGCCACCCAGCACUACAGGAGGUCCAAAGCCAUGAUGCUUCACAUCGCCAGGAAGAACCAGGUUGACAUGACAACCGAGCCCAGCGGGGUUCUCACAGAGCUGGAGCAGGAGCUGCACAAGAAACCCCAGAGGACCUGCAUCGUCAAGAUGAUGAGCACCAGGAACCUGUGGAAAAACAUUGUGGUGCUGUGUGUCAACUCCUUGACAGGUUACGGGAUCCACCACUGCUUCGCCCGCAGCAUGAUGGACCCGGAGGCGCAGCCGACUGCUUUGUGCCACGCAGACUACUACACCAUGGCUGGCAUCGCGGUGGCAACCUGCCUGGCGGUCUGCCCCGCUGUGGGGUUGAUGGGACGUCGCGGAGGGCUUCUCACCUUCAUGAUCAUAACAGCCCUGGCAUCACUGCUACAGCUCGGGUUACUCAACUUAAUCGGGAAGUACAGCCUCCGCCACGACACAGUUCUGAGAGACACCCUGAACAGGAAAUUCUCGGUGGCGUUCUCCAUCAUCGGGAUGUUCUCCUCGCACGCCGUCAGCACUCUCAGCAUUUUCUUUUGUGCUGAAAUCACUCCGACAGUCAUCAGGGGUGGAGGGCUCGGCCUGGUCCUGGCCAGCGCUGGCUUUGGCAUGCUCACCGCUCCCAUCAUGGAGCUGCACAACCAGAAGGGCUACUUCCUGCAUCACGUGAUCUUCGCCUGCUGCACGCUGCUGUGCAUCAUCUGCCUGCUGCUGCUGCCGGAGCCGAGGGGCCAGCCCCUGCCAGAGAGCCUGGCCGACGGAGAGACCUUCACCCGUCAGACCCUGCUCCAUCCCGGGGAGCAGCACCUCCUUCUCGCGAAGAGCGACAGGGACUACUCCCGUGUCCAUGACACACCCUUACACCUCUCGGCCACUGGGGGCGCUACAGUGGCAGUAGCCACCGCUCUGGCAGCGGUACCGGCCUCGUAUGCCCUGGCGACUGGUGGGGAGGUGAUUGGAAAUCGUGCCAUAGCCAAUGGGGUGUGAGCGUCAUAGCAAUACUCCACUACUGUGCUAUUAAUCGCUCAAGCAUUAACCUGACUGAAAAAUCCCUUGAAAAAACCCCCAAUAGACUUUUGAAAGAAAUGUUCCCAUGAACUCUUGUGAUGUUUGAGACUGUGACGAUAGUGAUUUUGUGUAGUUUGUAGUGAUUAUGAUUCAUUCAGGAGUUGCCAAAAAAAUAUUGUCCUGGACCACGUUUACCUGGAGUCAGUGUGUUAAAUAGUACGAAGGUCUCGAGUGGUGAUUUUCUUGCUCUGGCGUCUGCUCUUCCGAAAACAAUGAACGGGCGAGUGAAGCGGACGAGCUCUGAAUAAUGUGCGCUCUGUGAGUUUUCUGUUUGUGGCUGAGACUCGUUGAAAGAGGAUUUCACUACAUCUUGUAAUUCUUUAUAAGUUAAUUUGCACUAAACGUCAGAGACACAAUCAGGUGUUUGUGAUUUUCGGCCAAUUUUGGAGAUCCAGGGAUUGGCUCAACCACUACCACUCUUUUUUGCAUGAUAGGGCACAAAUGGUUUUACACGGUCCCUGUUCUCUAUUUGUGGUCCCUCUACGAGAAGUCCGAUGCGGCACUUUAUCUUCAGACGGUGACGGUCAGCGUUGGCGCUGAUUUUUUAAACGAACAUUACUGCUGUUGUUGUGGGUGUAUGAUGGUUGUCCUGAUGCGACGAACAGCCGGAGACCUUGGCAGACGCUGUGUUUGUAGCUUAUGGAGACCGUGCUAACAAAUCUGAGAGUUGAACGGACCGGUCGGUGUACUGUGGUAUGUCUUAUGAUGCGUCUCAGCAUUUAAAUGGCUUUAUCGCGAUGGCUCUGUUAUUUUAACAAAAACAGAGAAUGUAAUUUAUGAAAACCAGUAUUUAUUUUGUCACGCUGCCAAGGGCAAAGUUUUGUUGUUUGAAAUACCUCCUUAAUUUCCACUCCGCCUCCCACUCCGUGUCCCCUGUACUGUGGUAAUGUCGUAAACCUGCUCCUGGGACAUGUAACUUUAGCCAGAAAGCACAAUAUUUUACAGUUUUUUGAAAUAAACGUUUGUGAAGAUUAGAGUAGAGCAGCCGUAAAACUGGCCUAGUUGUGAUUAGUGUACAUUUAUACACUUUACUAUGUAAGUAUCCUUUAGUACUGCAUAAAGAUGUAAGGUAUGUAUACAUGUGCCAUUCAUUCAUUAUGUAUGGAUCAUAGACUGUUUCAAAAGAUGGACGCCAUGACACCUUCUUAAAAGUGAAGCCAAAGCAUCUGGACCAGCCCCUGGUGGCUGGCUGCAGUACAGCUCUUAAAUCCCUGCCUCCUCCAUGCAAGUGGAUGGGACAUGGAUCAAAUUAAACAAUUAAAAUACAAAUUAAGAUAUAAUUCAUCUGAUAAGAUUGGUUUGAUGAUGAAAGCCGAGGCUGACUCAAAACUUUUACUGCACAGAUUGCAGCGUUUGUAUGCAGAAUAUUUUUGGCUUCAUUUCUGAAGAGUGAGAGAAAUGGAGUCCAUCUUUAUUCACAGUUUGUGCUCUGGACCGUCAAACUUACUUUUAGAGGAUAUAAGCACAUUGAAUAGAAGAACCAGUUUGUCCAGAGCCACAGAUCAAACAGAUCAUUCUCUGUGAUUAAAGUGAUGUUUAAGACAAAGCACGUAUUUUCAACCACAACGGUUCGGUUCGGUAGUUUAUAUGUUUUCAACAACGAAACAUUUGGAGGAAGAAAUACAGAAGUCAACCACUAAUGUUUUCUAAGUGUUAUUUUUUUAAUAUGAUGCAUUUGUACAAAAAGCCAUAGGCCUAAAUGUUUUGAUAAUGAACCACUUAAUUUAUUAUGUCAAUAAAAGAACACAUGGUG